CCUAAUUUAAGCUCCUUCACUUCCGUUUCUUUGCCCGGAAGUGAUUGGUUGGCAUUGGCAACGUUUUAGCCAGGCCUAAGUUAACAGCGUAUACAUUGUCUGGAAAAAAGAAAGCGGAAAUAGAUCAAAGAAAAGAAAUCAACAGAAGAUAUUGGAACCUUUAAUUCUUCAAAUCCUAUCCAUUCACCAUAGAGGAGCGAAGAGCGAGUGCAGACUGCAAACAGAAUGACCAGCUCAUCUGCUCCGAGGAUGGUGAACAGUUACAAGCGGACUUCAAGCCCUCGGUCCCCGACUAACAGCGGGGAGCUUUUUACUCCAGCACAUGAGGAAAAUGUGCGCUUUAUCCAUGAUACCUGGCAGUGUGUGCUUAGAGACAUUAGAUCAACACAGAACAAUGAACGCAAUGACCGUGGACCACAAGAAUAUGUGGAAAAGAACCCAAACCCUAACCUACAUUCUUUCACACCAGUGGACCUGAGUGACCUAAGGAAACGCAACACACAGGACUCCAAGAAGUCCUAGUCUUUCUCCUGACGGUCCAGCAGCUUUUUUUCCCCCACCCAUUAUCCUUGGGAACUUUUCCUCCAUCAGCCCUCCGUCAGCCAGCAAGUCAGCCCUCUUGGCCAGUCUAGUUCAGAAAGCCAGUUUCCUUUCUAAUAGGAACAUAGGAACCUCCCCUCCUUCUGUCUCUUUCUGUCUCUCCCCCUCUCUGUCUACCACCCCUCUCCAUCUGAAUGAGAAGGAAAGAACUGGGAUUUCAAGAAACAGAAAUUCUCCCACCCACUCCCCCCCAGGUCAUCAAUUCCUCAGAUACAUUUUUCUAUGUGAACGGGACUGAUGCAAACUUUCAUCACAAUUUGCUGACAUCUGAUGCUGAUGAGGUACAAACUGUUGACAACCACCGAGCUCCACAGGACACAAAAGACUGCAGUCUUAAACAUGAACCCUGUUACAUCUACUAAUAUGACCCUGGAGGAGAAUGCUGAAGGGCUGACUUCUUCUUCUUCUUCUUUUUUUUUUUUUUUUUGGAAGAUAGUUUGAUAGAUAAAUUGUAGAAGUGUUGGAAUGGUGAUAUUGGAAUCACAUUUCAUGGGCAAGUUUUGGAAGCCAAUUCAACGUAGAAAGCCAACAUUUUUAAAAUGAAUUCCUCUCACCCUAAAAUGGACUUUAAGUAGAGACUACCCCGAGUAUGCUGCCCCUGAUUGACUCCCCAGCCUUGAAACAAAACGUUGAAUAAAAGACUUUUACAAUAUU